AUGAAGAAAUAUAAUAAAUUACUUAUAAGAAAGGAUGAUUUGGAAAUAACAGAAUCUAUAAUUUCAGAAAGCAUAGCUAUAUAUAAAAAGAAAUUAAAUUGCUAUGGCAAAAGACAGAAAUUUAGACAAACAAAUAGAAAAUUUGAGCUAUAUAGAAAUAAAUUUUAUUUAGAUGUCGAAGAAGAAAACAGAAAUCAAAAAUCUAACGUUCUUAAAGAAGAAGUGAUAAAAUUCUGGGAUACAAUGUGGAACAAAGAAGAAAUAGAUAAUACUAGCAAAUAUGCCGAUUUUUUAACGAGCAUAUUCCAUCUAGAAGAAAAGAUGAAAAGGAUUUCAUAA